UUUCGGGCUAAAAUUAUAUAAGCCUAAUUCGUUUCUCUAUUCCUUUUUAUUACAAAAAAAAUGGCUGCUGCAGAUAAUAUUAUAUUCGUCUCCAUUCAAAUACUUUUAUUGACAUUAGGAUCAACAAGUGUGGCAAAACUGAUAUUUCACGACUAUAAGCCGCCUAAAUAUUUCGAAUUCAACAACCCUCUGUACAUACCGCACCUAUUAUUUUCAUUAACCCUAAGCAGCUCAUGCACUUUAUUUUUGUUGGUGUUUGGGGAAAUUGUUCAUUUAUUUUCAAACACUGCAAGAUCGCAGUAUUGGAAAUUCAACCUUGACAUAUUGCUACUUUUAGUCAUUGUUGUUAUACCUUGGUUUCAACUUUAUGCAUUUCUACACACCACUCAAGGCUGGAAGACCAAACCGUCUGUAUACAUAACCACAGUGAUAUGGAUCUUAUAUCUCUAUCUCUUCAGCCAAAUUGAGCAAUAUUCAACCUUAGCCCAUUCAACUUCCUGGAUAGAACUUGGUAUUGUAAGAAUUAGUAUUGUUGGAAUCACAUUGAUCUCUAUUUUGUCUGGAUUUGGUGUGGUCAAUACACCAUUUAAUACGUGGUCUUCAUUCAAGCGAAAAGUCAGUGAACAGGAUUACACUGUCGCCGAGCGAGCAUAUAAGCAAACGGAGGCGAUCAUUCAUGAAAAAAAGGCCUUGUUAGAAAGAAUGUACAAACAGGAAGAAUUGUCGGAUAAAAAGGAAAAGCCCAAAUCAGCCACAUUGUUUGGUAAAAUGUCAUCUAUUUUUAGUGGAUCUGAAGACAGCGAGACCGUCCUUUUACAGAUAGAGAUCGAGCAAUUAGAAGGUCUGGCCUUGAACAUGAAGUCGGAUUUAGAUGAGUUGGAACGAGGUAGAGCGAAAAGUAGAUUCUCUCAAACAUGGAAAGGAAAGAUUUGGAAAAUUGUGGAUUUAAUAUUUGCGGUAUACUGUAUCUAUAAAUUAAUUGUGACUACAUUUAACGUGAUAUUCCAACGUACAGGAUCAUCGGAUCCAAUCACUAAAGUGUUAUCCAUCAUGAUGAGCCAUUUAGACAGAAAUAAUCUUGAUUUUAAAAUUGAUCCGGUAUUCUGGUCUCAACAGCUCAGUUUUUGGUUUGCAGGAAUUAUUGUUUUCGGUUCCGUACGUGGAUUUUUAAAGUUACUGACUCGGUUACUCCGAGUGUUUAUGCACAAGGUUACAUUUUCAACAAGUAGCAUACUUUUGUUUGCUGCACACAUGAUGGGGAUGUAUUUCUUGAGUUCAGUCUUGAUGAUGCAAAUGAGCUUACCAGCUGAGUACAGGUAUUUGAUUUCAUCUUCUUUACACUCGGUUGAAUUUGUAUUUUUUCAACAUUGGUCAGAUAUCAUUUUUGUUGCAUCCUCCUUUAUAUCCGCAUGUAUCAUCUAUGUAAUUUAUCAAACACAUGAUGCCAAAAGCAUGGCAACCGACUUUGCGGAUUUGGAGUUAAUGUCUGUGGAAAGCGGGUUUGACAGACGUGAAUAAUGUGGCUUAUACGGUGCAUGAAUUACAAUAAACUGACUGGCUUUUUUUUAAUAUAA